AUGAAGAGGGAUUGUCCUCAGCUUGUGAAAGUUGCUGCCAUCAAGGAGAAUGAUGGGGAAGAGAAGGAGACCUUGAAGCUUGGUUCCAUCAUUAGUUCCAUGGAGAUCAAGAAGGGUCGUAAGAAGAAGGGACUGAUGUACGUGAACAUCACCGUGGCAGGCCAAAAGAUGAGUGCACUAGUAGACAGAGGUGCCUCAGAGUUGUUCUUAUCCGAACAAGCUGCCAUGAAAUUUGAUCUUCGCGUGGAGAAGACAAGUGGGUUCAUCAAAACCGUCAAUUUCAAUGAAGUUCUGAUUGUUAGGGAAGCAAGAGGAAUCAAGCUUAGCAUUGGAGGAUGGACCGGGAAGGAGUCCAUAAAGGUAAUCCCACUUGAUGACUUCGACUUUGUUAUUGGGAUUAGUUUCCUUGAUCAGAUUAAUGCAUUCCCCUUGCCAUUUGCCGAUUGCCUAGUAAUUUGUGAUCCGAAGCACCAAUGCAUUGUUCUGGGUAGUCGAGAGUCCAAAGCUGAUGCCAAGAUGUUGUCCGCAAACCAGUUCUCAAAGGGGGUGCGCAGGGAGGAACCCACCUUUGUGGCUUUAUUGGUGGAAACUGAGCCCACAAUGACUGAGGAAGUCCUGACUGAAGUGGGACGAGUGUUGGCGGAGUUUAGGGAUGUGAUGCCAACAGAGUUACCAAAGUGUUUGCCACCAAAGAGAGAGGUGGACUACAAGAUUGAGCUCGUGCCGAAUGCAGAGCCACCCGCCAAGGCACCAUACCGUAUGGCCCCACCGGAGUUAGAGGAGCUUCGCAGACAGUUGAAAGAGCUCCUAGAUGCGGGGUGGUUCACCAAGUUAGAUUUGCGGUCGGGAUACUACCAAGUCAGGAUAGUCGAAGGCGAUGAACCAAAGACUACUUGUGUGACGCGCUAUGGUUCAUAUGAGUUCCUAGUGAUGCCCUUUGGCCUCACAAAUGCCCCGGCUACCUUCUGUACAUUGAUGAAUAAGGUACUACAACCCUUUCUUGACCAUUUCGUUGUAGUUUACCUUGAUGACAUUGUGGUGUAUAGUAAGACCUUGGAGGAACACGUUGAGCACUUGAGAAGGGUAUUCCAAGUCUUACGGGAGAAUGAGCUCUAUGUCAAGGAGGAAAAGUGCUCGUUUGUGUAG